CAGAAAUACUGUAACUACAGUAUAGAGGUGAAAGGCUACACAAGAAUGGGAGAUGGCAUUCCAAGUAGACCAGUCUUUUGCAGGACACAAGAGGAUGGUACGAAAUGUUACCUGAUAAGCCUGAUGACAUCAAGGCACUUGUGGUGAAUGCUGAAACAUUGUUAAUAUCUUGGUUAAAGCCAAAAUUUCCAAACGGCGUCAUCAAAAAAUAUAUUGUAUAUGUGCGGUCACUGGAUGGUGGAACAUUGCUGAGGGAAGAAUAUGAAAUUCCUCCUACACAGACACAUUAUAUUUUGUCUCAUCUAAUCGCUCACCAUCGCUACGAGCUCUGGGUGACUGCAGCGACAGUGGUAGGAGAGAGUGACGCCAGUCUGCAUGUAGUACAAAUACCAACAGAACAAGUUCCAGCAAGGAUUGCAUCAUUUGGAAUCCAUAUGAUGGCAGCCAGAGGAGAACAACUUGCUCUGCCCUGCAUCACUGUUGGGCAACCCCAUCCUAGUACAAUAUGGAGUAAGGGAGGUCAGCUUAUUCAAGAAAAUAAUCGUAUACACAUCAAUGCUGAGUGGACUCUCCAUAUUUCCUCAGUAGAGACAUCUGAUACUGGAAAUUAUUCAUGCCGAGUGCAGAAUAUCUUGGGAGCUGAUGAAAUCACAUACACAGUGACAGUGAAAAACAGAAGGAAUAAUGGGUCUCCGUUGCCUCCAACUGACUUCAAAGUUUCUUCUGCCACUGAAACAAGUUUAUCUUUGAAGUGGUCAGCACCAGAUGACAGUAUUUAUGCAGCUGAAGGCUAUACCUUAUACUUUAAACGAGAGUUUGGUGAAUGGGAAAAGGUCAUUGUACAGGCUGAAGAUAAAAACUUUACUCUUGGAAACCUUCAGUGUGGUUCUAAAUAUCAGCUCUAUCUUCAAGCCUUCAACCACAUGGGCAACAGUAGUCCUACAAAAAAUAUAACUGCUUACACACAAGGGAAAGCUCCUAUUGCUCCAACAAAAGACGAUCUCCUGGCUACCAACUCUACCUUCAUACAGCUGAACGUUGGCACGUGGAAUACUGGUGGCUGCCCAAUAACCACAUUAGUUGUAGAAUAUAAACUGAAAACUGGAACAAAAUGGAUACUUGUGUCAAACAAUCUUAAGUACACAGAAGAGAAGUUUUCCAUUCUUGAUCUUAAUCCAGUGACAAAUUAUGAGCUUCGGAUGACUGCUCACAACAGUGCAGGUUCCACUGUAGUCACAUAUGACUUCACAACUUUAUCCAGCACAGGAGCUGUUGUGCAGCCUGAACUCAUUAUGUGGGGAAAUUAUCGAAGAAAGUACUUCUACAAAGAUCCUGGUGUAAUAAUACCUGUUGCUGUUAUAACACUUAUUGGAGUAACUUUUGGAAUUGGGAUGUUUCUGUAUGUGAAAAGAAAGAAAAGAAGCCACACUGACAGCAAGAGUGAAGGUGAGAAUAUAGCAGAUCCACAUGUCCAAUCUGAAGAUAAGGUGGGGUACAGCACUGCAGAUGUCUCACAGGACCAGAAGCUCCAUCAAACUUCAUCUGCAUCAGAUACAACAGCAAGAGUCAACCCAUAUGCUACAUUUAGGUUAACCGAUGAAGAAAAACUAAAAGCUAUAAUUAAUGAUUAUGAAAGCUGUAGUGAAUACUGGAAGGUAAACAAAAAUCCUGAUUCUGAAAAUGAAGGAGUUGAUUGGAUACCACUACAUAGUCUGUACCAAGCUCACAGGUACUGACUUUUGUGGCAUCUACUGAUACUGUGUACAAAUCCAUACAACAUUUAAUGGUGCAUCUCAGUGUAAAACAGUUGAUAAAGUGCCUUACUUCAUUAUCAUUACA